GCGGGGUACUACAGGCUGUUUUAACUUGUGCUGGAGCAGAGAAUCAGGGAGCCAGUUUUCCAAAAGCCGCACCCGGCUAGCGUACUUGAAGAAGACUCAAUGGAGCAGGACGUGGAGAGCCCUGUCACGAUUCAGCAGCCAAAGUUGCCCAAACAAGCUAGAGAGGAUCUUCCAAAACACAUAAGCAAAGUAUGUACCAAGAGAAAAAUUCAGAGGUAUGUUAGGAAAGAUGGGAAAUGCAACGUACACCAUGGGAACGUGAGAGAGACUUAUCGUUAUCUGAGUGAUAUCUUCACUACCUUAGUCGACCUCAAAUGGAGGUUCAACCUUUUGAUUUUUGUCAUGGUUUACACUGUGACGUGGCUCUUCUUUGGAAUGAUCUGGUGGCUAAUUGCUUACAUCCGAGGUGAUAUGGAACAUAUAGGAGACAGUACAUGGACCCCAUGUGUCAGUAACCUCAAUGGGUUUGUCUCAGCCUUUUUAUUCUCAAUAGAGACAGAAACCACCAUCGGGUAUGGUUAUCGGGUCAUCACGGACAAAUGUCCCGAGGGAAUUAUUCUGCUUUUAGUUCAGUCUGUUUUAGGUUCUAUUGUCAAUGCUUUCAUGGUUGGUUGCAUGUUUGUGAAAAUAUCCCAGCCCAAGAAGAGGGCAGAAACUCUGGUCUUUUCUACCAACGCAGUCAUUUCCAUGCGGGAUGGGAAGCUGUGCCUGAUGUUCCGAGUAGGGGACCUUAGGAAUUCACACAUUGUGGAGGCAUCAAUACGAGCCAAGUUGAUCAAAUCUAAACAGACAAAGGAGGGGGAAUUUAUACCACUCAACCAGACAGAUAUCAACGUAGGUUAUUACACAGGGGAUGAUCGUCUCUUUUUGGUUUCACCACUGAUCAUCAGCCAUGAAAUUAACCAGCAGAGUCCUUUCUGGGAGAUUUCCAAAGACCAAUUGCCCAAAGAGGAACUAGAAAUUGUUGUAAUUCUAGAAGGCAUGGUGGAGGCAACAGGAAUGACAUGCCAAGCGCGAAGUUCUUACGUAACCAGCGAGAUCCUGUGGGGUCAUCGUUUUACACCUGUCCUCACGCUGGAGGAUGGAUUUUAUGAAGUUGAUUACAACAGCUUUCAUGAAACAUAUGAGACCAACACACCGUCUUACAGUGCCAAAGACCUGGCAGAGAUGGCCAGCCGAGCAGAACUGCCCCUGACUUGGUCUGUGUCCAGCAAACUAAACCAGCAUGCUGACCUGGAAACUGAAGAGAGGGGAAAGAACCAUGAAGACCAAACUGAAAGGAAUGGUGACGUGGCAAACUUAGAGAAUGAAUCCAAAGUUUGAACCAGCAGAGGUUCACCACACAACCUCUUUUUUCUUUUUGAUCCUUCCCUUUUUUUAUUAUGAUGACAAGAAAAGAAAUAUUUAAGGUUUGAAAUGUCUACCUGCCCAAACAAAUCAAGAGAUUCAUAAAAUAAGCAAAGACGUGGGUUAAAGCUGCAAUAUCCCUUAUAUACGAUGAAAUCUCUGAUCACUGCCCUUCCAAUAAUUGCAUAUUUCCUCUGGAUAAAUACAAGUUUAUGACCACAGGUGUGUUUAAAAAGGAACCAAAAAAGGGGGGGGGGGAGCAAGACUCAGUAUCUGGGAUAAUAAAAGGAAAGACUGUGAUUAAUGUUUGCUAAUACCAUGGGUCUUGGCUCUAAUUUUUAUAUAUUUCAAAACAGUUUCAUAAACAGGAUGUGAUGCCUCCAAUGAAAAUGGGCAUUGCAGCUUUAAGACCGAGGUGAGCAGAAAGAGCUGCAGUUCAACAGGAUACUGUAUAUAUGCCUUAUGUAAUUACUUUCUCUUUAAAUUUAGUAAUAAACCCAGCAUGUACAAAAGUACUGUAGUAAAGAACUUCUAAAUAAUGUACAUAGAUGUGUAAUUAAUGUAGGUUUAGAUACAUAAUUCUAGAAAUAUUGGGAUGCAAAAAAUUGAAUAGGCAUUUCUGUUUUAAUAUUUGGAGUAUAUUAGUUUCUCCCCUAUAUAUCUGGCCCUUUUAGUUCACAACAUUUUCUUCAGUGUACCAGACUGGCAGCUAUUUAGAAGACCUCACUGUUUCCCUAACAAAUCAUUUUACUGAUUCUAAAAAGCCAUAAAUCUGGGGGGAGGGCAGGGUGGAGAAACUGAAACCUUACUGAUAUACUGUGAAACUGUUUACAAAAAUGAUUCUAUCUUUUUUAAUAUUAUAGGGUAAACCAUUCCUGGCUACUUUUGGCAGUUCAGCCUGAAUUAGACUGUGGCAGAUUCUUGGAAAACACAAGAAUCUCUAGUACACUGUUAAUAUAAAAAGCAUGUUCAUGUUGGGCUAGGACUCUGUAAGCAGGGCCGGCUCCAGGCACCAGCUUAACAAGCAGGUGCUUGGGGCGGCCAAGGGAGAGGGGCGGCACCUGCGGCAAUUCGGGGGCGAAUUUAAGGCUGCUCUAGGAGCGAAGGACCUGCCGCUGAACUGCCACCGCUGAUCGCGACUUUUUUUUUCUUUUUUUCAAUUGCUGCCGCCGAUCGCGAUCGUGGCUUUUUGUGGGGGGAGGGGGGCAGAAAUGCUGGAGCCAGCCCUGCCUGUAAGUGCACUACCGUGGGAAGCUAUACUUUUUUCCCUAAACCAUUGGAUUAAAACUUUGUAGUUUUCUAUAUAAACAGUAUAAGCCAUUAAAAAUUCUGAAUGUUAUUCAUAGGCUAAGUAGAGAACACUUUUAGCCACUCAGUCUGGGAAGAAAGAAUUGAAUUUCAUCUGAAGUUGUAGUCAAUGAGAUUCAUUUGUUAACAUCAUUAGCACUUUGUUGGUCCUGAAAAUUCCCAAAAGGCUUUAUGGCCCUAGGUAAUUUUCAUCAGGGUUUCUCAUAUAAAAGCCCACUCCUGACAACUCUCUUCAGGUGAGUGGACCCUCCCACCCGUACUCAUAUUGGGCCAAAUCCUCAGGCUGAUUUAAAUAAUUUUGAUUUGAUGCACCAGAACUAUGAUGAUUUGCCUGAUUUACACCAGCUGAGCAUCUGGUCCAUAGAGUAGUACCUAACUUCUCAAAUACACUCAGUGUGGGGUGACUCACAGUGUAUGGUAUUACUCAAUGUAAGGAUUGUCGCAUCAGGCCCUGUGUGCAUAAAAUCGUAUUAAUUCAAAUAAAAGUCUGCCAUUGACUUCAGUGGGCUUUGGCUCUGGCCCAUAAAGAGUACUAUUUCCCUCAGUCAAGAGAAAAACAAAUUGCAGCCUUAAUUUUCUUUUUGUACCUGCCUAGUCUGGAAAGGAAAAAUACACUGAAAAGAAUUUAAAGUUAUUUUGGGUUUUGUUUGUACAGAAGCUUUUAAAUUCAAAUAGAAGAAAAAACCUCAGGAGAAACCUAGUGGGCAGGUGGAAAUUUUGCACUGUGAUAUAUCCUUCACAUUAAUUUCACAUCUAUACACUGUUUUUACUGCAACACAAUUGCCCAUCCUUUAUUUUCAUUGAGUGGUUAAGAGUUGAUUUGGCUCCUACAGCUAUGAUUGCCUCCAGGCGGAGGUUUUGCACACCUCGAUCACACCAAUCAAAACAGCUAAGCCUUGUGUCUGCUUUAUUUCUGAAAAUUUUCCCUACCAGGUUUUCACAAAGAAGCUACUCAUACAAUUCCACAAUUUAAGCAAUUGUUCAAAAGCUGUAUUUUCAUCCCCUCCACCAAGAUGACUGAUUUCAUCAGGUAGUUACAGAUUUGUUGCUUAUUUUCAUUUAGUUUGGUGAAAUAAAACUGGUUUUGCUACAGACCCUUUUAAAAUACAAUGGUAUCCUUUGUUUACUGACACAGUGUCAGAACCUGCUCAGUACUAUGGUUUAUACAGCACACCCUGUCUUUAAGGCUGCUCUUGAGAGCCAAGGAAUUCACACAGUAGAGCAGGGUGUAUGCGUGCUUCUUAAGGUGUUUUAAGGGAAGAGUCACUCUGAAAUUUCAUUGGAGAACAGUAGUCACAUAUCAGAGGUAAUCUUAUAAGGGAGAACCCCGUAGCAAAGGUACUUGCUAAAUGUAAUGAAGCACAGCCUGCGG